CGUAAACAAACAAAUUUGUAAUUUAAUCAUUUAAUUUUUACGUUUUUCGUGCACUUAAUUUAAAAUUUGACUGACCCCGGUUCGAAAAUGUUAUAACAAUUGUAUGAGACUAAAAUACAAUAUUAGACAUUAGAGCUCUGGCCAAUGCGAAUUACUAAAUAUUCGUAAAUACAUUUUUUUGUUUAGUGAAUUAAGUGAUAAAUUAAUUGCUGAGCAUGUCUCUUUUUCCCGCCUACGGCAAUUCCCCGGCGGCCGUGAGUGCGAAAGAGACUCCCGAGAAGCCGGCGAAAGAGACGGCAACAACGGGCGAGGAUUGGAGAAACAACAGGAGUUACGACAAAAAGGAUAUAGACGAUGGGGAUAUAGCAACUAGGGGAGCAAAAUCGGACAGCUCCACGAGCAGCGACUCCUCCGAAGAGGAGGAGGAGGAAAAGGAUAAGGAUCAGGAGCAGAAGAAGCCAGGAGCCAAGAAAAAGGAUCAACCGCAAGGAAAACCUCUAGAAUUCGAUGCCAAAGAUGAGUUCUAUGUGGACAAAAAGGGCAACAUGUCCUUCAGGAGCCUUUCCAAGCUGACGAAACCCACACGACCGCGUUACAAGUCUCGGAUGCGACGUCUCCGGGAUCCGGAGGUCAAGCCAACUGAACGGGCGGGUCGCUCCAAGUUGUCCUCCUCCAAGAGCAGUCGCUACACCGCCAGGAAACCCCUCCCCACCGAGGCGCCCACCGCGGAGGAGAAGUCCCAGCUGCAGGAGCAGCUCAUGCAGACCCGGGUGCUCGUCCAGCGAGAGCCCAAGGUGCUGGACCACUGGCUGCAGCUCCACCGCCUGCUGGAUCUCAACUUGGACAGGGCCAACCGGCUGGCGGUGGCCGAGCAGGAGCUGCACCACCUGGAAACGGCCCUCGAGCACCAUCCCUCCAACGAGCAGAUCCUGAGGCUCUACACGGACGUGGCCAACGCCACUUACCCGGCCAGUGAGGUUGCGGCACGCUUUGAGAAGAUGCUGGAGAAGAACCCCUUCGAGUACACGCUCUGGACCUCGCUGAUCAUGGUCACCCAGGGCAACAUGGCGAGGUGCUCCGUGCCGGCGGUGCUCCGGAUCUACGCGUUCAGCAUGCGGCGCAUGCAAGUGGGACACACGGACGAACAGAGUCGCAAAUUUGCCACCGUGGACACGGAUCGCAUCAUGCUGAAGCUCUUCCACAACUGCGUGCUGUUUCUGCGCCAAUCGGGCAACAUGAACAAGAUGUUUGCCCUGCUGCGCCUGGAAAUGGAGCUGAAUUUCCCAGGCCUAACAGUCGAUUGCUUCGAGGCCUGCACCGCCAACGAGGAAUCGCUGAUCGAGUACGAGGAGAUGGUGCUGCGAUCGGGCAUGCCGAUGCCGGAGAUCUGGACGCGAGUGGAGCGUCUGCGCCAGGCCUACUGCUACCUGCCCUAUCCGCCGCUGGCCGCCUCGGCGCAGGACGAGGUCGAGCGGGGACUGGAUAGCCAGCGGUGCAUCUACAGCGACGACGUGGUGCCCUAUGCCCAUGCCCUCAAGUCGCCAAACAAUCGCUUGCAUCUGCUGCUCCUGGUGGUCCAGCUCACCAAGAUGCCGCUCGUUCGCAGCUCUUGUUUGGCGGAGAAACUAAAUCCCUGCAUCGACGAGUUCGGCGAGUCGGAGGCCAUUGAGAUGCUCUUCGCCGGCCUGGCCGACAGACCCACCUAUGCCGUGCCGCCAAGUGUCCAGCAAGCUGAGUUCGAAGCAGCCCUCAUCAAUUUGGCCAAGGAGCUGAGCGUAACGCCCAGCUUCAUGCCGCACUUCAUGGGCCACGAGCUGUAUGGGCGAACCAUAAGCGACCUGCUGCUCAAAUGCAUCGAAGCCUUCGCCGCCGAGGGCGAGGAGCUCAAGCGCCACGUGUUCCUGCUGCUUUGGCUGCGAUUCCAGCGACUCCUCGUCGUUCUGCACAAACUGAUGGGCAAACUGACCAAGGAGUAUUUGAGCGAGACGCGCCGCAGGAUUCGCAACCAGAUGAUUAAGCCGGAGAAUCGUUGCGUUCCACGUUUCUUCACCGAACUGGCCAUGUGCGUGUUCGAGGGCCAAGAGGUGGACGACAAUCGGAACCGGGCCUUCGACAUAUUCGAAAAGAUCAUCCAACAGGACUUCGACUCGGACAAGCCUUCGCGGGACGAGAUGUACGCCUAUCUGGUUUGUUCAGAGAUGCUGAUACGGCGCGGUCGCUGGAGCGAGGCCAUCCAUCUGCUGCGCUGCACGUCGAUGGGCAGACAUGCCGCCUCGAUGCCGCAAACACCUUGUCUUGAACUGAGUCUGAGGACUGGGCUCGAGUUGCUGGCGGUGGAAGUGCAACAGCUCGACUCAUUGCCCGCCGAGAUGCCUUUGGAGGAGUACUUCCUGCCCAACCGGCUGAUUAUGCUGUUGCGCGUGCGCUGUUUGCUCUGGCGGCUGGACGCUCGCAACGCGCAGCCAGACAGCCUGUUCGAUAAGCUGCUGACCUAUCCACUGGGCCCCAAGGAAGCCAAGGCCAGCGAGUGGCGGCGAUUCCUGCGGGAGCAGGUCAUGGAGGUGCAGAUCAUGCAGAUGCAGCUGCCUAUUCCGCGCGAGGAGGAUCGAGGAGCAGAAGAGGGGAACGUAAAGGACAAGGGUGGAAAAAGCAAGCGACUGGAUGAGCUGGUGGAGCUUGGACUGGAGGAGUUUCCGCGCAACCUGCUCAUGCUGCAGACCUUCUCCGGAUUCAAGACCAUGCUGUGGCACAAACAGCGCGCCCGAUUCAUUCGCACCGAAGCCGGAAUCGUUUCGCUGCUGCACUGGGUGCUGGCCGCCAAUACGCGCUUCGCCAACACGGGCGGCCACGAUGAGCUGCUGGCCAGCAUGGCGGGAUGCCUGCACAUGGCGGUGCGCAAUCGUCUGAUCAACAUGUUCCAGACCUUCCUGCCCACCAAAGCGGGACGCUCGGAGAUCGAGGAGGAGCAGUAUCGCAUUCUGCGCAGGAACUCGAUCUACUGGCGCCUGUAUCUGAAAUGUUUGACCGACACGAGGACCAGUUUCGAGCGCACCAAGGAGGCCCUGCUGAUGGCCAUCGACGAGUGCCCGUGGGACAAGGCCCUGCUGAUGGACGGCGCCACUGCCCUGCCGAAGGAGCAGUCCUUCCUGCAGGACCUCAUGACCGAGAAGGAGAUGCGAGUCUACGCUCUGGCCGAAGAGCUCGACAUGCUGCGGUCCGGCCACUAGCAGCCUGUUUAAUCUUACCCAUUGAGUUUCUAAAUAUAUACUUGUAUAUUUUCUGUAA